UUUAAAACUCUGGGAGUCUAAGCUUCAGCAGCCACUUGUCCAAGGAAGAUGAAGAGAUCUCUAAGUAUGCUCUUUCCACUUUCAGAGCCAAAGAAGAAGAGAUCGAGAGGAAGAAGAUGGAAGUUAGAGAAAAAGUUCAGCUUCAGUUAGGCCGUGUUGAAGAGGAAACUAAACGCUUGGCCGUGAUUCGUGAGGAGCUUGAAGCACUUGCAGAUCCUAUGAGGAAGGAAGUUGCUCAGGUUAGGAAGAAGAUUGAUGCAGUUAACAAAGAAUUCAAGCCAUUAGGGAACACGUGCCAGAAAAAUGUUCCUACUUUACCCAACUUUGAAGCUAAUAAUUGAACUUUUCCAUCAAAUUUCAUUGUAAAUUAUGGGGCACUUGUUAAUUAUGGUACCCAUUACGCCACUGAGUUCGGGUUUUUUUGGCAUUCUGUAAUUGGAAAGGGAGUACAAGGAAGCUCUCGAGGUCUUUAACGAAAAGAACAAGGAAAAAGUAAAGCU